AUGAACCACGAGAUACCCGAUACCGAACAGCUGAAGAAGCCGCUCAUGAUCAAACGGCCGCGUCCCGAGAAACAUGCCCUCAUCGAAGAGUUCUUCGUCGUUCAGGUACAGCUGUACAUCCAGACAGCAGUUGCAGUGAUGAUAGUGUACGAAUACCUUAUCACACUUCCAUCCGAGAUCUUUCUUUAUUGGCCAUCCCUGCGGAAAGCGACUGGUGCUGUAUCUCUGUUCAUGAUUAACCGAUAUCUCUCGCUUGGCUACUACGUAUACGACCUGUGGUUUACGUUCAACACCCCGACUACCAAAAUCGUAAGUACUGCGCUCCCAGUAUGCAUUCGAAACUUCGCUCACGACUUCAAACCACAGGAGGCGCUGGUAACCGCAUAUUUUCAAGCCAUCCUCAGCAUUUGCAUCUACCUUCCCUGGGCAGCCUUCGCCGGGUUGCGGAUAUACGCCAUCUCGCGGAACUUGAUUGUGUCCAUCCUGAUCUUUCUCUUGUCCGCCGCCCCGUUCGCGAUCAACAUGGCGUUCAACAUACCGACCCUGUUCGCGGAGCAGCUAGGGCCUGACUAUUGGGCGACCGGUGCAAGCUCGAUUCUCACCGCCUUGCCAUGUAGAUUGGGGAUCGUCUCUCGAGGUGCACUCAUCGUCGCGGACGUUCUCACCGUUGCGGCGACCUGGUACAACCUGUGGCACACUCGCUCGCUCAUCGCCCGGGAAGAGCGCGAAGCCCAAACUCUCUCGAGCAUUCUCUUGCGCGACGGUACGAUAUACUUCAUCACGCUUGUCCUCCUGAACAGCCUGCAUCUCGCGCUCACCCUCGCCUCCGUCGGCACCAGCCUCGCCGGCCGCGCGAGCUUCAUCAACUCCUUCACGGAGCCCAUCACCACCGUCCUCAUCUCCCGCUUCCUCCUCAACCUCCAGGCCGCGAACAAGCGGAUCGUCGGGGAGACGUCGACGGCGACGUCGGACGGGCGCGCCGCCGCCGCGCCGGCCGGGACGCUCGUCUUCCAGCGGGUCGUCGGCUCGAUGGGCGCGUCGCUCGACUUUGGGAUCGGGACCGCGGGCGGCGGUGGCGGUGAUUUCGAUUUCGAGUUCGGGUUAGAGUCCGAGUCCGAGGGGCACGAGCUCCACUCUGUUGGUCGCGGCGAGCACAAGGACGGAGGUGGGGGGUACGGCGGUGGCGACGUUGAGCGGGCGGAGGAGGCUUCGAAGGUCUGA